AUGCAGAACACAGUGAUUCAGGUUUCCCUGCUGGUCCUGGGGUGGACCUGGACCCUUCAGGGGGUCCCUGUACUCCCAGAUCCUCUCUACCCUACACAGGAGAACUUUGAUCUGACCCAGUUUUUGGGAACAUGGCAUGAUAUUGCUGUUGCAAGUUCAUUCCAACAUCACAGGGGCGAUGCAGCCAUUAAUACACUGGUUCUACACAGCGGCAUCACUGAAGGCAAACUCAAGGCCACUCACAGGGGACUCAGACAUGGAAUAUGUAAUGAGAUUACUGAGGAAUAUGAGCUGACCACCACACCAGGACGAUUGUUCUACCAUGUUGCAAGGUGGGGGGCAGACGUGGACGCCUACGUGGUUCACACAAACUACAAUGAGUAUGCAAUAGUGAUAAUGUCCAAACUGAAAUCAUCAGGGGAUAAUAGCACCUCAGUUAGGCUUUACAGUCGAACUAUGGAGGUGAGAGACACGGUGCUGGACGACUUCAAAACACUGGUCAGACAACAGGGAAUGAGUGAUGACAGUAUUACCAUUAAGAAAAACAUAGGUGACUGUGUUCUUGGAGCGCAGCUGACGGCUAAGCCUGUGCCUCAGCGGAUGAAGAGAAAUGUGGUGGCUUCUUUGGUUCCUGCAGACGACGAGGGUUCUGGUGAUGAUUCGCCUCUUUUCAAUGGAACCGAGGCCUGUAAGGCAGCACCAGAUACAGGACCAUGUUUUGGGAUGCACCAGCGUUACUACUACAACUCCUCCUCCAUGAGCUGUGAGCUCUUCAAGUACGGAGGGUGUAUGGGCAACCAGAACAACUUUGAAAAUGAGAGAGAGUGUCUGCAGAGAUGUCGCACUGAGGCUGUGUGCCGUCUGCCCAUGCUGCCCCAGCCCUGCACAGGCCAGCCACCCAUCUGGGCCUUUGACUCCACCAACGGUCUGUGCGUGCCCUACAAACAGGGACUUCUGCCAGGGCAACGCCAACAAGUUCUACAGCAAGGCCGAGUGUGAUGAGUACUGCGGGGUGUUGAAUGACGAGGGAGAGCUCCUGAAGGCAAACUGAGUGAGAUGAGGAAACAUCGAUGCUCAUCAUCGUACAGAGAUGAACAUGAAGCGGCUUCACAUAAAGGCACAAAAUAAAGAAACAUGUCUCAGCUCUCACAGAAUAUGUGAAGGGGGGGAAGGUUAGUUUAGAAAUGCAACAGGUUACAGAUUACUAGUUACCUUGUUAGAAAUGUAAUAAGUCAUGAAACUAUUGUAAUUACUUCAUUAAAGUAGUGUUACUUUUUUCAUUUGAUUACUUUUUAAAUUACUUUUCGAACAAAUGUUUUAAAGCUGAAAAGUCCUAAAAACAUAAACUUACACCAGACAGGAAACUUUGAUUACUAUCCAACUUUAAUUCAAAGUAAUUUAAUAUAACUUUCAUUCAUCAGAAUGAAUGUUUUAUUCUACAAAUAAGCUUUUUACUAAAAAUAAUAUAUUGGGAUGUAACCCCUUUGUAACAACAUUUAGUUAAAUAACUGUAAUUUAAUUACAUAUGUUUGUCUUAGGAACUGAUUACAAUUACAUUUAUUUUGUCAUUUAAUUACUUAACACUGUUGCAUCAAACUAGUUACUCCCCAACUGGAAGUUAUAACAGAUGACAAAUAAAAAC